GGAGUGUUAUUAUUCAAAAGAAUAAAACAUUGAACUUUUCAUGGCUCAGAGCCAUCGAGAACAGAAAUAGUUUGUGAACUACUUUGGCCUCCUUUGAAGGGUGUUUCAAAUAGUAACACAAGAUAUAUAAGCUUUAAAAAACUACCUAAGACUCAGUGUUGCAUUUUGGUGGGGAAAAGAAGUGAAGUGCAGGACAAGAAAAAGAGGCACAAUAAAAUGGAAAUGAAAACAAAAUUUCGUUCAACAAGAUCUUAUGAAGGCCUUGAAGAUACUGAUGGAACACAAAGUCCAAAAACAAGAAGACGUAUAGCAAAUAUGCAGCGCAUUAAACAACAUGCAUCAAAUGUCGACGAAAUUAAUCUGCGCAAUCCAACAGAUGGUUCUUCUGCUGAGAAAACUUUAGAUACAAGUAUUAACAUUAAUGAAAAUAAUAAAAUAGACCCUACAAGUAUUACAGAACAUGACUUAGUAGUUGAUAAAUUUUUGGACAAUCAACUAAAUGAGGUAUAUAAACAUGAUAUUUUAUCAAGUCAGGAAAAUGUGACACAUUACGAAGUAGAAGAGGACUCUAUAGUUGAUCCUGGUGUAGGCAAGGCAAAUGCUAUUGUGAAAAAUGUUAUUAAAGAAGAGUUGUGUGAGGAUGAACAUACUGGGGAUGAUGACAAGGAAAGUAUUUCAGAUCGAAGGAAAAAAAGGAAAACAAAGUCAAAAUAUAAUAAUAUGGACAAUAACGACUUAGAGAAAAUGUUAAAAUGGAAGAAUGGUGUUGGAUAUUUGCCAGGUAGCAAUUUAAAAUUUCGAAAAUCUGAUAUUGGAGCAUUAGACUUAAUAACUCCAAGUGACGAUGAAGCAGAACAAGAGGGAAAUGAAGAAGAAAAUUCUCUUGAGAAAAAGUUCAGAAAAAGAAGAGCUGUAAAAAGGCAGGAAGGUGGAGAGUCCACUCCGCUCAGUGCAACAAAGAUAAAAAAACUAGACACUCCAGAGCAUGAAAAGAAAAAACGAAAAGAUCGUAAAAAGAAGUUUGCUGAAGAUGAAUUGUUAAAAUGUGAAACUUGUGGCUGUUAUGGAUUGAUAUCUGAAUUUCGAUCAUCAGGUCGUUUCUGCAGUCAACGCUGUGUGGGGGCAUAUGCAAGUAAAAGAAGAGCUGAGAUGAUAGCCAAACAAUUUGCAAGUGGGGAGAGGCCAUUGCCAAAGACUGUAAAACGACCUUUAAAGAAAAAGAAAAGAAAACACAAGGACACUCCAAAUCGAAGUCCAUUAACGGAUAAAAAUAAUUCAACUGUGCUAAAUGAAGAAGAAAAAAUUUCAGAUGAUUCGACCCUGUAUUAUGAUGCUGUUGGUCGUGAUGUUGAAUUUGAUUGGGAUAUAUAUUUAAAAGUAACAGACACACAACCAGCAAAUCACGCGGCUUUUGUAAAGGAAUAUCCAGAACUAGAUUUGUUUCCAACGCAUGCUACCUAUUUUAAGCCAACUAUGAAACUGGAAUGUGUAGAUAUCAAGCAUCAAUCACAUAUUUGCGUAGUGUCUGUGGUCGAGGUGCAAGGUGCGCGUAUGCGUUUACAUUUUGACGGUUGGUCGGAAAGUUACGAUUUUUGGAUUAAUUGUGAUUCUCCUUUUCUUCAUCCGUGUGGCUGGUGUAAACAAAACGGACAGAAACUAAACCCACCUAGAGGUAUACACAUGGACGAUUUCAGCUGGACGGAUUAUUUAGAUAAAACUGGAUGCAAGGCAGCGCCUGCUCACUUAUUUCAUUCCCCAUCGCCGACAUUACAUGGAUUCACAACAAACAUGAAACUUGAAGCUGUUGAUCGAAAAAAUCCUGAUUUGAUCUGUGUGUCUUCUGUAAAUAACGUCAUAGGGAAUCAUUUUCUGAUUCACUUUGAUGAGUGGGAUGAUCAGUAUGAUUACUGGUGCAAGGAAGACAGUCCCUUCAUACAUCCUGUAGGAUGGUGCAUGGAGAAUCAAGUCCCGCUCGUUCCACCAACUGAUGAAAUGGUGAACAAAUUCGUGUGGGAAGAUUAUCUCAAAGAAACAAACAGCAUUGCUGCUCCGAAACAUAUCUUUAAACAGAGAGAAGAAGAGUUUUUUGAAGCAAUGUCGAAAUUAGAAGUUGUUGAUCCUCGCAAUCCAUCACUUGUACGUGUUGCGACUAUCACUGAGGUUGAAGAAUACAGAGUAAAAAUUCAUUUUGAUGGAUGGAGUGAACUCUACGAUUACUGGUUUGAUUAUGACUCGACGGAUUUACAUCCAGUGAAUUGGUGUAUGAAGACUGGUCAUACGUUAGAACCACCUCCAGUUGGAAAGGACUUCGAAGAUGCACGUUCAUGUGGCACGCCUGGUUGUCGAGGUAUUGGUCACAUCAAAGGUUUGAAGUACACGACGCACCACACGAGUUUCGGUUGCCCGUACACCAAUCAAAAUCUCCACCGCAGUACAGCUCCAGUUGUCGAUCGCCUCGCACCGAACGCGAUGACUGAAGAAACCUCCAUAUGCAACCGUAUUCACAACAAAAAGUUUCGCAGCCCUGAACCUGAUGUCUUUCCAGAUUCAACAACGAAAGAAGAAUCGAAAAAGACUCCAUUCGGCCGUGCAACUGGUAAGCUGCUAAAGAAACGACACCGACUUUCCGACACACCUCUCAACAACCAUGAUAAGACUGGCGUGAAGAAAAGAAAAAGAAGAAGAAGUGAUGAAGUAUCAUCUUCAACCAGUCCUUCUGCACAUCAUAUAUACGACUCAAAACAACCACACAAGCCUAUUCCAUCUACACAUAUACCAGCUGGUCAUUCGUUGUACUUACAAGGAAAGGCUCUUGUCAGUAAAGCCAUACCAUGGUCACAAGAUGAUGUGGUUGAAUUCUUGAAACGAAUAGGACACGAGGAUCUUGUACCGUGUUUUGUAGAUAACCAAAUCGAUGGACAAGCAUUACUUCUUCUUAGUCAGGCUGACUUGGUGCACCACUUAAAGUUAAAACUGGGACCUGCUUUAAAGAUAUACAGUGAAAUAUCCAAGCUUUGACAGACCAGGAGACUACGCCUGAAGACUCCGCAGAUUUCAUCUCAACAUCAAAAUAUAUUGGACCUCUUCAUUAAUUUGCGCGACCCAAUUGGUGUGCUUAAAUGACGUAUUAAUGAGUCCAUACUACUUCUGGAAAACAUUUUCAAAAAUAAAGAAAUUAUAUAGUUGUAUAUAUUAUAUUAUAUUUAUGUUAUUUUAUAUAUAUGUUGAUUUAUAACUACUGAUCAUGAA